AAGAAGUUUUAACUGUGGAAGCCGAAACACCGAUUUAGGUGACACGAAGCUGAGUCAGCACUCAGCAGAGGCCGAGGAAUUUGAGGGGGGAAGAGGCUUCUUCUACUCUAUCUUAGUUUCUCCUCCGUCCUCAAAACCCAAAUCCCAGAUUUGGGGAUGCAAGGUUUGGUGUAAUUUGUAAAUUUGCUUUGCUGGGCGAAAUUGGGAGGCGGUAGAGAUAAGGGGAACAAGAGGGAGAGUCAGGGAGAAAGGAUGGGCUCGAAGAUGGAAGGUCCUUCGGCUUCACCAGCUGUUCGUAGAGAUCCUUAUGAGGUGUUGAGCGUAUCGAGGGAUUCGUCUGACCAGGAGAUCAAGACGGCGUAUAGAAAGCUUGCUCUCAAGUAUCAUCCUGACAAAAAUGUCAGCAAUCCUGAGGCUUCUGAACUUUUCAAAGAGGUUGCAUAUUCCUACAGUAUCUUGUCGGAUCCAGAAAAGAGAAGGCAAUAUGACACUGCUGGGUUUGAGGCUCUCGAAACUGAUGGCAUGGAUAUGGAGAUUGAUUUAUCCAACCUGGGGACUGUCAAUACAAUGUUUGCAGCACUAUUUAGCAAGCUGGGUGUCCCAAUCAAGACUACAAUUUCUGCUAAUGUUCUAGAGGAGGCUUUAAAUGGCACAGUCACUGUUAGACCUCUUCCCAUAGGAACAUCAGUGAGCGGAAAGGUUGAAAAACAAUGUGCCCACUUCUUUGGUGUAACAAUCAAUGAUCAACAAGCUCAGGCAGGGAUAGUAGUUAGAGUUACAUCAGCUGCUCAAAGUAAAUUUAAGCUGCUGUAUUUUGAACAUGACGCCAAUGGUGGUUAUGGGUUGGCUUUACAGGAAGAUAGUGACAAGACUGGUAAGGCAACAUCUGCAGGGAUGUAUUUCUUACAUUUUCAAGUAUACCGAAUGGAUUCAACUGUGAACGCGUUAGCUGUGGCUAAGGACCCAGAAGCUGCCUUCUUCAAAAGAUUGGAGGGCCUACAACCUUGUGAAGUCUCUGAACUAAAAGCUGGAACUCACAUAUUUGCUGUUUACGGAGAUAACUUCUUUAAGCCAGCUACCUAUAUCAUUGAGGCGGUUUGUGCGAAGACAUAUGAAGAUACUACUGAGAAGCUUAAAGAGAUCGAAGCUCAAAUUAUAAGGAAGAGAAAUGAGCUUCGCCAAUUUGAAACAGAAUACAGAAAGGCAUUAGCCCGCUUUCAAGAAGUCACCAACAGAUACACCCAAGAAAAGCAAUCUGUUGACGAACUGCUUAAACAGAGAGAUACUAUCCAUUCUGCAUUUACCAUAGCCAGGGCAGUUAGUACUGUUAGUGGGAGUGGCAGCAGCAGCAGUAGCCAAGUACCUGGAGAUGAGUUGAAGGCUGAGAGCCCAGGAGAUGAUGGAGCAGAUGGGAAGGAUAAAGCAUCAAAGAAGAAAUGGUUUAAUCUCGGUCUGAAAGGUACUGACAAAAAGCUUGGUUAAAAUUGAGUAUACCAAUAUGAUUGGUAGGAUGUCAAGGUGCCUGCUGAAUUGCUGGAUUGGUUUACUAUUCCAUCCUCACAUUCUUACAGAGAAAAUUGUUGAUUUGCUUCCAGCAAAGUCCGGUCAUGUAUUCCUUCCAAUUGAUUUCUUUUUUCCCCUUCUC